CGGAGCGGAGCCGCUAGAGUGGAGACGCACGCAGCGGAGUUCGGUCCGUCUCUGCUCGCAGCUAGCAAACCCCGCAGCAAGGCCACUGCGGGAAGAUGGCGACGGAAAAAACGAAACAUGAAGGAAGAGUUAAAAUUGGACAUUACAUUCUCGGAGACACGCUCGGAGUGGGGACGUUCGGAAAGGUUAAAGUGGGCCAACAUGAGCUUACUAAGCACCAAGUGGCGGUGAAAAUCUUGAACAGGCAGAAGAUCCGCAGUUUGGAUGUGGUGGGAAAGAUUCGCCGGGAGAUCCAGAACCUCAAGCUUUUCAGGCACCCUCACAUAAUUAAACUGUAUCAGGUUAUUAGCACCCCUACAGACAUCUUCAUGGUGAUGGAGUACGUCUCAGGAGGAGAGCUCUUUGACUACAUCUGCAAAAAUGGAAAGUUGGAUGAAAAGGAAAGUCGUCGACUGUUCCAGCAGAUUAUUUCAGCAGUAGACUACUGCCACAGGCACAUGGUGGUACAUCGAGACCUCAAGCCAGAAAAUGUGCUGCUUGAUGCACACAUGAAUGCCAAGAUUGCAGACUUUGGUUUGUCGAACAUGAUGUCAGAUGGAGAGUUCCUGAGAACAAGUUGUGGUUCUCCAAACUAUGCUGCUCCUGAGGUGAUUUCAGGAAGGUUAUAUGCUGGUCCAGAGGUGGACAUCUGGAGUAGUGGGGUCAUUCUCUAUGCCUUGUUAUGUGGGACACUCCCCUUUGAUGACGAUCACGUGCCAACACUCUUUAAAAAGAUCUGCGAUGGGAUCUUUUUCACCCCGCAGUAUCUGAACCCCUCAGUAAUAAGUCUCCUUAAGCACAUGUUGCAGGUGGACCCAAUGAAAAGAGCCACCAUCAAAGAAAUCCGAGAAGAUGAGUGGUUCAAACAAGACCUACCCAAGUACUUGUUCCCUGAGGACCCCUCCUAUAGCAACAACAUGAUUGACGACGAGGCGUUGAAGGAGGUUUGUGAGAAGUUCGAGUGCACAGAGGAGGAGGUCCUGGCCUGCAUAUACAGUCGUAACCAUCAGGAUCCAUUGGCCGUGGCCUACCAUCUUAUCAUUGACAAUCGCCGCAUCAUGAGUGAAGCCAAGGACUUCUACCUGGCAUCAAGCCCUCCUGACUCUUUUCUAGAUGAUCAGCACCUGACUUCGUCUGGUGCGGCUGUGGCCGGCAUUAUCAAGCCUCACCCUGAACGCGUACCCUUUCUUGUGGCGGAGACUCCUCCCAGGCCUCGCCACACACUGGAUGAACUGAACCCCCAGAAGUCCAAGCACCAGGGUGUUAGAAGGGCCAAGUGGCACCUGGGUAUCCGCAGUCAGAGUAGGCCCAAUGAUAUCAUGUCAGAAGUGUGUCGUGCCAUGAAACAGCUCGACUAUGAGUGGAAGGUUGUGAAUCCAUAUUAUCUACGUGUGAGAAGGAAGAAUCCUAUUACUGGGAUGCAAACCAAAAUGAGCCUUCAACUCUACCAGGUGGACAGUAGAACCUACCUCCUUGACUUCCGUAGCAUAGAUGAUGAUAUGUUGGAGACAAAAUCUGGAACUGCUACCCCUCUCCGCUCUGGGUCUGUGGGCAACUACCGCACCACUAUUAAGAGCGAUGUAGACGGGGCAGACGUCCCGGCUACAUCUAGCACUGUGCACCCCACCAAGGCUGCAGAAGGCUCCUUAGCUUCAUCGUUGACCUCAUCCAUCGACUCAACGGGAGGAGGGGACAACGCUCCUGUCCCUCGACCAGGAAGCCACACCAUCGAGUUCUUCGAGAUGUGCGCUAACCUUAUUAAACUACUUGCACGAUAGCUUGCAAAACAAUCGCUAGCCUUUUUUCCUCUCCGAGUGUCUUUAUAGCAAUAAGCAUGCAACCGAUUCAUGGCUCAGUUCAUCCUGGCUGAGGAUGGAGUGAUUGUUCCAUGGCACUGAUGCAGGUUGGUGUUCCCUGAGCUGAAGGGAUGCACACUGAGCUGACUAGGGUACAAGGGGUUCUGAGGAAAGACGAAUGACAAGCUACUUAAUUAGCUAGGAGCGAACAACAUAUAGGAGGGGUUUUUUAUAAUUUCCUGAUCAAUUUAAUAGCAAAUGUCCCACAUCCGAUCUAUACAUAUAUGCGCAAGUGAUUACACUGAAUUUUCCGUACUGUAGCCAGUGAGCACUGCUUUCCAGUACAGACAACGAGCUCACGUUUUCGCCUGCAUAGAAGGAAGCCACACAUUGAGGUUGGAAAUUUGGGUGGCGGUUAUAGGAUGCAGGAAGCACUUUUGCACAAGUUUCUUUUAUUUCCUGCUGCUCUUUUUUUUUUUCUCUCAGUGGGGAUCAGAGAAGUGGUGCGGAUGUAUCGGGGCGCUGCACUGGCUAUAACUAGGGUGGUCUUGCCCGUCACAUUCAUUGGACUCUGAAGAAGUGCAGUGACCCCUGUAUUUCUGUCUUGUGUCAGGGACAACAGAAUGCUUCAUCAGAUUUAUGUUAGGUUUUCUUUUUUGUGAAUCUGAGUGAGGUGAAAUUUUCAUGGUUUUGUCCUUGUUGUACAAAAUUGUUUGAAUUUGUCUGUCCCCCACAUUUUUAUAUAUAAAGACAUGAAUAUAUUUAUCAGUGCGUUAAGUGGAUGGAGUGUUGGUUCUAAUGGAAAUUGAAUUUUUUUUUCUUUCUUGCAUUAAGAUCUAUUGCUGGAUGGUAUAUAUUUUCAUUUUUUACUGUUUUUUUAAAUCAAUAUCACAGUUUUGUUUCCUUCAAUCACAACUAUUCUGAUACUUGAUUGUUUUUCCAGAUAACUAUAACCUGCUUUUACCAUGUAAGAGAUACUUUGCCAUGACAGUCAAAAUCUAGAAAUAUAUCAUUUUCAAUGUCACAUAUUAAAAUGACAAAUUGAUUUUGACUUUUUUUGUUAUAUUUUCGCUAUUUCUUUAUUUCCUUUUUUAGAGUAAUGCAUAGGAUUUAAGUUUGAUUUCUGAGUGAAAUGCCUUUUGACUACAUUCAUUUUGUAAAUGCCAAUCCAUCACAUGUAUAGGCCUCAGGGCUCGGUUUGAAAAGGAGUAGCAGCAAUUACAUGCAGUGCAUGGACAAUAUUGGCAGGCGAGUACAUCCAAAAUCUUAUCAUUUUUGAACAUGUUAAUGUUUUGAGUUUCCACACAUUCCUUUGAAGGUUGACUUUAAACAAAAGUUUCAUAUGUUUAAACCUGAAACAGACUUGUGAGCUUGGAAUUCUAAAGCCCUGUCGGUCGAUCACAAUUCUGAUGACAGGAAAAACACACAAGCAUGAAGAUGGUACAUGUGUGGCAAAUUUAUAUUUGAUAACAAAAUGUCAGAACGUUACACUUGCAAGCUCACAAAGUCUUAGAUUUGUCUUUAAUUGUAAGUAUAAUGUGUCUCACUCCAUUUCCUGUCCACGGUCUUAAUGUUUUAAGUGGUGUCUGUUUGGCUGCCUUAAUAUCAGUACUGUUUUUCAGUUUUUCAUGUCAGUAAAAGUUGCAAUUCAGUUCUGGUCAGAAUUAUUGGCACUUUCUGCAGUUUUAAUAACACACCAAUGACGGUGUCAGUGUUGAUUCACAAUUACUGUUAGUUAAAAAAAAAUACUAUUCUAAACAUUUGGCAUUACAGAUAAAAACAUUAAACUGCUAAAAUGUUAACAUCUUAUGUUGUUACUGAACUAUUGUAGAGAUCAGUAACUGCUACUGUUGGGUUUUCCUAUUGCUGUUGUCUUUAAUCAUUUCAGUAGGAAAACCCAAGCAAGCUUCAAAGGAAAAUUUGUCGUGUCAUCAUCAGUCCAUUAAACCAGGAUUUUAAGAAUUUUGCUUGUUCUCAUUGUAAAAUCAGAAAGAUGUGUUUUUUAUUCUCAAGUGUCAGCAGUGGCUGAAGUCUGGAUUUCCAGUGUUUAGCUCUCCACAGCUUUAAAAUCUGAAAUAUGUCAUUUGUAUAAACAGUUUACAUUUCAAAGAUAUAAUUCAGCAAAAAUUGCUAUAAGUGACAAUAAUUGUGAUCAUCUUGUUUCUCUUGUCGUCCUGCUGGGGCAGGCUUGGACUGAAAUACUAAGUUGAUAUUUGACCUCUAUGUCUCAGUUUUAAACUAGAGUUAUGGUGAUCAUAGAACACAUGUACUAUGGCCUCGGAAAGAUAUUGUAAAACUAAACGUUUGUAGUCUUAAAGGGCAGAUGCAAGUUCUGUUUACAAAAGCGUCAUGGCUUACGUGAUGGAUUUUGUAGGAAAGAUGAAUGUGCAAAUAAAGUGAACUUUUUGCCAGCGUGUGGAGUCGUGUCCUAGUGGACUGUUCAACUCAGUAUCUGAACUGCUUCAAAGAAAUAUUAUUCUAUUUUUGUUUGGUUUGUAAGGGGACCCUACCAGACUGACCAGUGUAAAUCUGAAUGGACAGUGUUGAAUCAUUUGUAUACACAAUUGCCUAAUAAACUGCUAAAUUGCA